UGUAACAUACUGCUGCGCAGUAAAAGUUAUUUCUGUGUGGUUCCUUGUCAAUUUUUUCUACAUGUGAUUUGGAAUAUGGCAGCUAAGAUGCAGCAUUUCGAUCCACCAAGUUCAGCAAGUUCCGACAGUGACGAUGGAGAAAUUUGUUUGGACGAGAAAGAAGUUUUCCUCGUCAACGAGAUGUGCGAAGAUGCUGAACAUUAUAGACGUUCUGAUAUCGGGACACCUACACCGCAAUCACCGCGACCACCAUCCACGGGUUCUCAGAGAUCACCAAGGUCAAGAAGGCAACGUACUACCAGUUUAUCUCAAUCUAGUAAAAAGACUUCCGCAGAGUCUAUCCUUAGAAGCAAGACAAGAACAAUAUACACAGCUGGUAGACCACCAUGGUACAAUUCAGCUGGGCAACAAGUAGAACCUUUUGUAAUUGGUAUUUGUGGGGGCAGUGCAUCUGGUAAAACUACAGUUGCAACAAAAAUUAUAGAAUCUUUAGAUGUGCCCUGGGUAACAUUGCUUAGUUUGGAUUCAUUUUACAAAGCAUUAAAUGAAAAACAACAUGAAAUGGCAGCACAUAAUGAGUACAAUUUCGACCAUCCUGACGCAUUUGACUUUGAGUUACUUAAAACAACGUUACAGCGUUUAAAGGAAGGUAGAAUGGUGGAAGUUCCUAUUUACAAUUUUGUAACACAUAGUAGAGAAACUAGAACUAAAACAAUGUAUGGUGCCAAUGUGAUUAUAUUUGAGGGAAUAUUUACUUUCUACAAUGCUGAUGUUUUGAAGAUGUGCGAUAUGAAGGUGUUUGUUGAUGCUGACGCUGAUGUGAGGCUUGCUCGAAGAUUACGUAGAGAUAUAUCGCAAAGGGGAAGAGAUUUGGAUGGUGUAUUAAAGCAGUACUGCACUACAGUACAACCUGCUUUCUAUUAUUACAUAGCUCCAUUAAUGGUCCACGCGGAUAUUAUCGUGCCACGUGGUGGAGAGAACGAAAUCGCGAUAGAACUCAUUGUGCAGCAUGUACAUACCCAGUUGCAACUGAGAGGUUUCAAACUCAGAGAAAAAUUAGCUCAUUCAUAUAUUGGUCAGCCAUUGCCAUCUUCUCUCUACCUGCUUCCAGAUACACCACAGAUUAAGGGUCUCCACACAUUCAUAAGGAACAAAGAAACAUAUAGAGAUGAAUUUAUAUUUUAUUCCAAACGUUUAAUACGGCUAGUUAUUGAGUACGCGUUAUCCCUUUUGCCUUUUGAGGAUGUAACAGUAGAGACGCCUCAAGGGGUACUGUACCACGGAAAACGUGCAGGUACGGAUAAAAUAUGUGGUGUCUCUAUUUUACGUGCUGGUGAAACUAUGGAACAAGCUGUUAGGGACGUAUGUAAAGAUAUAAGAAUAGGAAAGAUACUCAUACAAACAAAUCAACAGACUGGAGAACCAGAGCUUUACUACCUCCGACUACCAAAGGAUAUUAAGGACUACAAAGUGAUACUGAUGGAUGCGACAGUAGCAACAGGCGCUGCUGCUAUUAUGGCUAUCAGAGUUUUAUUGGAUCAUGACGUUGCAGAAGAGAACGUGUUACUUGCAUCUUUACUUAUGGCAGAAUCCGGUGUACACUCGAUUGCUUACGCGUUUCCACGUGUAAAAAUUGUAACGUCCGCCUUAGAUCCUGUAAUAAACGAGAAGUUCUACGUGCUACCCGGCAUUGGUAACUUCGGGGACCGAUACUUUGGAACCGAGCCAUCUUCGAUCGAGGACUAAUCUUUCUAACCUCACCACCUUCCGCAGUGAUACCUGUGCUGUGUAAUUGCCUGUACCCGCGUGCACUUGCUCGACGG